CCUCGGAGUCGCGCAGGCGCAAUUGUGUCCCGGGUUGCCAAGAUGUCGUUCCCCAAGUACGAGCCGUCGCGUCUGGCUACCCUACCCUCUACCCUCGACCCAGCCGAAUACAACGUAUCUCCGGAAGCCCGGAAGGCGGAAGCCGAGCGGUUGGCCAUAAGAUCCCGGCUUAAACGGGAGUAUCUGCUUCAGUACAACGACCCCAGCCGCCAAGGGCUCAUCGAAGAUCCUGCCUUGAUUCGUUGGACCUAUGCAAGAUCAGCAAACAUCUAUCCCAAUUUCAGACCCACUCCCAAGACCUCGCUCUUAGGAGCUCUGUUUGGAAUUGGGCCCCUCUUCUUCUGGUUUUAUGUUUUCAAAACUGACAGAGUCUGGCCAUCACUUCUUCAUUGAAGAUCUUCUUCUCUAAAGAAUGAUCUCCCCUUCCCCAUAUGCUGUUCCUCUCUCAGUUCCUGUUUGUUUUGUGUUGGCAUGUUUCACAAUUUGUAAUUAUUUUGUUUGUUUAUUUCAUCAGUCUCCCUCUUCAGAAUGUAACCUCCAUAAGGGUGAGAACCAUAUCUAUCUCCUGGACCACCAUAUCCCACAUAGGGUUGCCAGAUUUAGCAAAUACACAUACAGGCUUCUGUGUCUGUACUUGUACUAAAAAUUAUUCAGGGUUUAUCUGAAAUUCAAAUUUACCUGGGCAUCUUGUGUUUUAUUUGGCGACCCUAGUUCCUAGGCCCUGAUACACAGCCGACUCUCAUUACAUGUUGUUAAAUAAAAACUUGAUAGCAUAUCAAAUUGCUACUAAGGCAACAAAGUGGGGGUGUGUGUGCUAAAUCUACAGAACUAGAGUAGGGAAAAACACACUUGCCAUUCUUUUCUGUUCUGAUUUUCCUGUCUACUCUCUCCAAGAGAACGUAAUCAGCUGACCCCCAAAAUCUUGGACAGCCCAGUCGUCUGGGAGGGAUACCGGCCACGGAGGGGAGCUGUUAGGAACAGCGUUUAUACACCGUGUGCUACCUCAGUUUUGCUUGGCUCUGUGCUGCGCUGGGACAUUAAUCUUCUUUGGCCCUGAUCUCCCCAGACUGUGAGCUUGAUAAGGGAGGGGAGAGAUGACUUCUUUCUUCUCAAUCAUUCACCCCCAGCGUCUCACUCUGUAGAUGGCACAUAGCAAGGACUCACUGAAUGGUUGCCAAAUGGACUGAUAAAUGAGUGAAGAGUAGGGGGGCUAACUACUCUGGUUUGACCAGGCCUGAGGGUUUCCUGAGACAUGGGGCUUUCAGUAGGGAAAUCAGGGCAGUUGGUCCCCUCGGUGAAUGAUGCUCACUCUUAGUGGCUGGGCUCUUGUCCAUAAUCAUCUAUAUUGGCUGCUACAUGACUAUCAUGAUCAGACAGCCUGCUGGCCUGUCUGCCCAUCUAUUUUAGGAUGAUGCUGGAUGUUUGGAGCUCUGCUGAACCCUUGUGAUUCCCUAUGCCUAGGACCUUGGCCUUGGCUUCAACCUCAGUUCAUGGUCCUUCCUUGUGGCUUGGUCUUGUGGUCUGUGGUAAACACCCUGGAUUUGCACUCCCAGAAUAAAAGCAUGCAGGCUAAACUCAUGUGAAGGGCUCUUGAUCUUGAGCUAAUUUCAUGGACCCCCAGUCCUGGCCACUAUAGGUAUUCUUCAUCAAGACCUGAUUAUGACCAAUUGCUACUUCCACAGAACACCAGUCAAGUGUUUAUUGAGUAAUUAAGCUGACAUAGAACUUUUCAAAUACAUUUCUACAGAUGUCUGAGUUACUUGCCUGUGAAAAAAAUGAGUUCUCACUUUAACCAACCCCUCCCUCAUACUGCCAGAGGGCAGGAUUCUAAACAAAACCACACAAAUCCAUUUUCAAUUAUGGCAGCAAUGCUCCAGUCUCAGUUAGGUCCUGCUGGUUUCCUGGAAUUGGGGGUGAAGUGGCUCUUGAGAGGUUCCCAGCACUUAUAGUAGUUCUCAUCCAAACAAUUAGAAGUCUUGAGCCCCCACUUGGUGACGGCCAUACUUAGAGAAGACUCAAACAUAAAUGCCUGUAGGAAAUGAGGAGGGGAACAAGAAAGAAGUGAAGUGGAUAAUAAAACAUAUCUGAUUCGGGGGGCGCCUGGGUGGCUCAGUUGGUUAAGCGACUGCCUUCGGCUCAGGUCAUGAUCCUGGAGUCCCGGGAUUGAGUCCCACAUCGGCUCCUUGCUCAGCGAGGAGUCUGCUUCUCCCUCUGACCCUCCCCACCUCAUGCUUUCUCUCUCUCUCAAAUAAAUAAAUAAAAUCUUUAGGGGCGCCUGGGUGGCUCAGUUGGUUAAGCGACUGCCUUUGGCUCAGGUCAUGAUCCUGGAGUCCUGGGAUCGAGUCCCGCAUCGGGCUCCCUGCUCGGCAGGGAGUCUGCUUCUCCCUCUGACCCUCCUCCCUCUCAUUCUCUCUGUCUCAAAUAAAUAAAUAAAAUCUUUAAAAAAAAAAAAAAAAAAAAAAACAUAUCUGACUCGAUGUCAAGAGAAAAGAUGUAGGUAGGCAGAAUCUUUGAAUAAGAAGUUAUGUGUGCUAACACAGUGAGGACAGCAGGCUCACACCUUGGGUUCUGGCUCUGACCCCACCAUGCAGAAGCAAGUGAGACUCGGUGCAAGGCUCUUAACUUCUCUGAGCUCCAUGUUUCAUUCUAUAAAAUGGAAUUGGGCACGUAAGCCUCACAUUGUCCUUUAGCGUUAUGGAGCUAAAUUUGCUACAUCCAAAGGCAGAAGCAGGAGAGUUCUAGGAAUAUUCAUCUUCUUAGGGGCCAUCACUCACUGUGGCUAUGUCCUCAUGGGGAGGCCAUACUCCCCAUUUUUGUAGUGGAGGAAACUAUGGCUCAAAGCUGAGAAAUGGCUUGUCUUAGGUGAUGGUAGCAAGAAGUGGAAGAGCUGGGAUUUGAGUUUUCUUUUUCAGGACUUUGAUCAAGAGAUGGACUGGGAAAAGGUGAAGGAGGAAAAGAAAGAGUAAGGAGGAGGAGGAAGAGGAGGGAAGGAGGAAGCAGAAAUGGCUGUAGCACUUUUAAAAACCCUAUCCCAGAAGACUCUGAAUGGUGGCUGUCCUGCUGUGUUCAGGAGGUUUCUGUCUCCAACAGAAUGAAUAUGCAAGUGCUCAGUGCAGCUUAAAUAUUCCAGCUUCACCAAUUGCUGUGGCUUUUAAAAAUAAAAAUAAAAAAUAAAAUAAAAGGAAUAAAACCCUACAGUUCUUACAUGUUCACAUUACUGGAAAUUUUAAACAUAUAGACUGGCAAAAGGAAGUUAAAGUUCUCCUGUGUCACAGCCCUGAGAACCUCUGUUAAUAUUUGGUGUCUAAUAUGCAUUAGCUUCUUUAUCCCUAGAACAAUGGAGAUGAUUGUCUUUGCCUGACUUCCCAUAACAGGCUUGAUGUGAGGACCAGAGGAGAUCAUGUGGAAGUGCUGUGCACAUUAUAAAGCACUAUUCAGAUAUAAGGGUUAUUACUAUGGCUGUUCUUGUUGUUGUGUCUUGGAGGACUCCUUCAGAGCCUUGCUGUCUGACUGGAGUGACAAAACCCCAUUCCAGCUGAGCUGUGAAGACAGUAUUAUACAAAGUCUGUUUAUUCCAAACUGGAAUAAGGAUAAGUAUAGCUGGGCCUGGGUCCAAAUUAUAUAACAGGAAAUGGUGAUGGAGACCCAGAGUUAGGUCUAGGUAAAGUGCCAGACACUCCUUUGCCAGGUAGUCUGGGCUCUCUGGCUACCUAGGGCAUGCCCUGCCCUUAAUCCCUUACAUAGGGGAGCUCUUUCUGCCCUAGUGCUCCAGACCCUAGGCAUUUCCCAAAGUUGCUUCUCAUAUAAACAGCCCAUGUACCUCAGAGAGUCUUUGGAGGCAACAGCUUAAUUGAGACCGUCAAGCCACAUCUCACAGAGAUGUAGGUCUCCACAGAAAUUCUGCAAAGGCCCUUGGAAAGGGAAAGAGAGCCAAGGUCAAGCAGAUGGGACUUUGCACCCUCCCCCUGAAGAUCAGCUCCAUCAACUCUGGUCCUGGAGUUGGGACUGAAAACAAACUUCAUUGGAUAGAGAGACAGGUAAUGCUGUCUGUUUGCAAGCUGGGCAUGGAGUCAGGCAGUUCUGUGCUAUUGAUUUUUUUUUUUUUUAAGAUUUUAUUUAUUUAUUUGAGACAGAGAGAAUGAGAGAUAGAGAGCAUGAGAGGGAGGAGGGUCAGAGGGAGAAGCAGACUCCCUGCCGAGCAGGGAGUGCUAUUGAUUUUAAAGUCAGGUAGCAUUGAAGGCAUUUGUUGAAAAAUGUAAAGCAAAUUUGCAUAUGAUUUAGCAUAAAAUUACUCCUUGUGGUCCAUAAACUCCACCUCCAAGAAUGCAAAAAUAAAAUAAAAAUCAAGUACUGCAGCCAACUGCAAUUGUGUUCAGCCUCAAUGUUUAUAGCCUGAUACAGGAAGAAUACAAAACAGGUUUUCAAUCCCAUCAAUUUCAUCCCAUCCAAAAGAGAGCAAAAAAAAAAAAAAAAGAGAAAACAGCUGAGAACUGCUGCUCACAAGCCCUGACUAUAGUGAGGCAAAGGCUUCCUGAUCCUCCUUGGCUUGAGAACUCCGCUGAAGGUGACAUCCUGCAUCUCUGGGUACUGUGGCCCUGGAGGAUUACCUCAAAAAGCAGAUGAUUCUGAGACACAGCAUAUAUACUCUGGGCUGCAUACAGAUAGUAUUGACAAUAUUCCCUUGUAUUUGAACAGUCUAUAAGGUUGAAUAUAGCCACCUGCUAGGGUGGCUACCACACCCAGUCUACAGAUGGGGAAAGCGAAGCACAGAGAAGUUAAGUGACUUGUUCAAGGUCAUGCAGGAACUAAGAGCUAGGAUUUGAUUUCAGGUCCGACUCAAGUCCAAAGAACUUUCUACCCCACCACAUCAGAGGUCUAGUAUACACAUAGGGGUGUGUGCAUACACACAUGGAAAUAAAUACACACACAGACACACACUCUCCUCUCCUGACUCCUCUGUGUCUUUGGAGAAAUUAAAAAAAAAAAAAAAAGCCACUCCUCUUGAGAAGGUUGGGAAGCCCAGAGGCUGCCAGAGCCUGGCAUUUGAUUUACUUACCAUGGUUCCAUCAGCAAUCCUCUCAGGUGCCAGCUUGGCUUUGCUGGCCUUCUCAAAGCAGUCGGCAUCAGGCCCAUGAGGGGUCAUUGAGCUGUGCAGGCUGCCUCCCCCUGGCAGGAAGCCACCUUGCUUUGCCUCAUAAUGACCUUUGAUAAGUCCCAUGAAUUCACUCAUGCAGUUCCCUGGGAAGGUUGAAAGAGUAUUAGUUUUAUUAUCCAAGGCAAGACCUGUAAAGUACCAAGACCUCUCAAGCAUUAUUUCUGUGGAAUGCCAAGAAGAUAGGAGAAUCUGAUAAAUUUUUUAGGAUUACUAAUGAAUACAGAUAGGGGAAAAAAACCCCACAAAGUAUUCAUGAGUGUGAAACUCUUGGUAGGCAAAACUCUACUUGAUGGACAUGUGGAUUAUUAGAGGUCUUAAAUUCCACUGCCUGAAAGAAAUAGUGUUGGCUCUAAAGAAAAUCAUGGCCCAGACAAGAAUUUUAAUAAUAAUUAAAAUGAAAGUUAUAAUAAAGAGUAGAUGUGCUCUAUCACCUAGGCUUAUAAGUUCUGUAUUAAAAUCAUCUUCUUUCCCAGAUCUGAUCUGCUCCUCCCUCAAAUAGCCCUACAGUAGUACAUGGUAUCACCAUAUUUCUGGUUCCCAAUCCAGAAAACCGAGAUGGGGUGUGUGUGCGUGUGUGUGUGUGUGUAUGAAUGUGUUGAUGGAAGAGUCAUGUAAUGGAAAGAACCCUGGACUUGGAGUCUAUUAUCAAAUGAUAAUCUGUGUGAAAAAAUCUCAGUAGCUAUAAAAACCAGUCCAUAAAUGCUAUAUAGCCUAACAAACAUUAUCUUCUGUUUCUGAAUCUAUCAUCUUAUUUUCUACCCUCCAAAAUGCUUCUUAGAUUCAUUCUUUUCUUUCUAGUUUCACUGAUAUUCUCUUCAUAGAAUCCUAAAAUUUUAAAAUUGGAAAGGAUCACUACUUCUACUCAAUACAGAAGAAUUUCUACAUCCUUCCUGACAGAUUAAUUCCUGGGGUCUGCCUGCAUGCCUCCUGUGAAUGGAAGCUCUCUACUCAACAAAGCAACCUACCAUACUAUUGAAAAGCUCUGGGUGUUAGAAAGUUCUCUCAUAUUAAAUGGAAAUUUGCUUUAAUCUAAGUUAAGUACAUUGGUCUUAGUUGUGCUUUCUGGAGUCAGCAAAAUUUGACAAAAAUCACCACGUUCCCACAUAUGUUUUUAUCGAAAUAAAGCUCUUUACUAGAAUAGCAACACACUUAGGGCAAGAAUUAAAGAAAUACAAUACCUGAGAAAGUUUAAGUGCCUUUCCAUUCAUUCACCCACCUACCCAUCUGUCCAUUCGCCACCCCAUCUGUCUGCCUAUCCAUCCAUCCACAUAUGUAAUUGGACACUGUGCUAAGUGCUAUGAUGGAGAUGAGUAAGAAAUAGCCCAUCUAAACUUACUCUCAUAGUCUGUCCCAUGAGAGGGCUGAGAGUGCAGACCACGAACAGAGCAGAGAGCUAUGGCAUUGGCAACCCUUGCAAACCUGGACAUUUGGCAUGAUAGAUGCCCCAGCCUUCUUCCUUACAUGUGAAGUAUAACCAAGUGCCAAAAUAUUUCUGUCAUUGACUAGGCAGCCAUAUUCAUCCUGCCUAGGAAACAAAAUGCUGCUGCA